CCAUGACGUCAUGGAAAUGCACUUCGAGCAACCGGUGCAUGUUUCCCCUAUACUUGGCACAUCACAUAGUGAAAUAAUACCAGAAACCAUAAUACCUGUGACCACGCCACUACAGACUACGCCACUGUUGAGUAACAAUCCUCCACGACGGCGACGCCGGUCUUUAACUCAGAGGCAGGAUACAGUGACGAUGGAACGGUUUGCCAUGAUGGAAGAGCGGCGGAUUGAAGCCGAAACGACAACAGCCCAAGCAUUAAUUCAACUGUCACAACAAAUUGGCAAUAUUGCAAGGGCUUUAACAUCUAUAGCUACAGCAAUUUCAGACGUAGCCAGAAAAAUGCCAGAACCUUAAGAAAGGCAUCUUAACAAAUUUUUUUUUCAGCAAAGACCUCCCUUAGAUUUUUUUUUAUUUAUUAAACCGUAAAAAUACUAGUUAAACAUGCUAGUUCAAUGAAGAUUCCCAAUAUGUUCGUAAUCAAGCAAAAUGUUCAUAAAAAAAUAAACAAAAAGUUCUUCCUAAAACGCUGUCAGCUGUUGUCUCUAAAAUAAAUGUAUAAGGUAUAGAUUAGGUUAUAGUAGGUAAUUAAAAG